AUGACACCAUCCGGCGAGAAGUUUGACGAUCGUGUCCAGGGUAAGAUCACUGAUCUGAUACGCGAGACGGGCCUGAGUGGCCAGCUGGGAAAAGGCCGUGUCUUCAUGAACGUGGAUGCGGAGUUCCGUGCGGUGGCCGUGGUCGGCGUGGGACAGGAGGGGGCCGGCUUCAACGACCUGGAGAUGCUCGACGAGGGAAUGGAGAACGCUCGCGUCGCUGCCGGCGUGGGUGCUCGUGCCCUUCAACUGCACAGCUGCACAGACGUCUUCGUGGAGUCGAUGGCGUAUGCGGAGCAGGCGGCCGAGGGGAGCGCCUUGGCCUUGGUGCUGUACGACUCUCCCGACUCGGAUGCCUGGAUGCGGGGCCUGUUCAAGGCCGAAUCGCAGAACCUGGCCCGUCGCCUGGCCCUAAACAUAACGGCACUGCUGCCGUUGUGCGAGAACAUGUCCUCUGGAAUGGCGGCCAAGCCUGGCGACGUAGUGACCCUUCUCAAUGGCAAGUCGCUCGGCUUCGUGGACGUCAGCAAGGCUGGUGUGGUGGCAAUGGCCGAUCCCUUGCUCUACGCCCAGACGACAUACAAGCCGCGCAUGGCAGUGGACAUUGCUACAGUGGGCUACGCCGUCUGCCCAGCGCUGGGAGGAGCAGCAGCCGGGAUUUUCAGCAAUUCGAACUUCGUCUACAAGCAGUUCGAGAAGACCGGUGCCCUUACGGGCGAUCGCGUUUGGCGUCUGCCCCUGUGGCGCUACUUCAAGGAGCUGAUCAUGCCGGACGAGACCUUUGACAUCAGCAACCGCGGACGUGGCCCCGCCUCCAGCUGCAUCGCUGCCGCCGUUCUGGGCCCACCUGGACAUCCGCAACCCCUGCAGUUGAAGGGCACGAGCACCCACGCCGGCAGCGACGCGAGCGUUCUCCAUUCCCUCGUCGAGCAUCUCCAGGUCGUUGAAGCCGGCCCCCUCCUGUCCCACGCCGACCACGGCGUGUAG